AUUUUAAAAAAAAAAGGCAGAAACCGCGACUAGAGAAACCCCCCGCCUCCACUUUACUGCUCCGCCACAAGUCUCUAUCGGCCGUCGGGAGCCGCCCAUCUCCUUCCUUCUGGGGUUCGUCCGUCGGUUAUCAUCUUCAACAUAUGGUAUCUCAUUAAGACAAAACCAUUUGGAGUUUGUGAGCUCUGUUGGGUUAUUUUAUCCUUAUACAUUGGAACAGACUGAGAUUUUCUUGUUGCUUUGUUGGAUUAGUGCCCUGAUUUGAGGAGUCUCUUUAAGAACAUUCACUUGAAUUGCGUCUGGGUUUUGCCGGCUUGAUUGGGUUCGCCUUCCAACCCCAUUGGGCCUUGACCUGGGCAUAGCAGAAGAGAGCUAAUAUCAAGUAGUAACUAGACAUGAGAGGAGGAAGGAAGAAUCUCAAGAGGGCAAUUGAGGAAGAGAUGGUGACUCUUCAACAAGGUCAAAGCAUAAUGCAGGUUGUGGAUCUGAGGGGCUCUAAUCUUAUUGAGGUAAUGGAUACAAAAGGACAGAAAUUGCUAGCAAUAUUUCCAGCAAAAUUUCAGAAAAGCAUGUGGAUUAAACGAGGGAACUUUAUAGUGGUCGACGAAAGUGGGAGGGAAGAGGCUGUCGAAUCUGGUCGAAAGGUUGGGGGCAUUGUUACACAAGUACUUUACCAUGACCAAGUGCGUCUGCUUCAAAAAUCUCCAGAAUGGCCGGAGAUUUUCAAAUCUUUGCCCCAAGAGACGUCAAAGCAAGAUCUAAACUCUUGUACUUCCCAACAAGAUGAUGAGAGUUGUACUGACGACGAAGGGCUUCCACCUCUGGAAGCAAAUACAAACAGGCAGAAUCCUCUACUAUCUCAGGUGCAUAUAGAGUCCGAUUCAGAUUCAGAAACUGACACCGACUCGUAGAACUUUUUUUGUGGUAGCAAUGUCGUAUCUUAACGCUAGAUUGACAGACACAGAAUGGGUAGAUGUGGUCGUCCCACAAUAUUUAAUCUGUAAUUUUAGCAUGGUAGGGUACCUCUCAUCUCUUUGCAGUGAUUUUAUGGAUAGUGCAUGUGCAUUUUCAUUCACUGGAGAUGACUACUUUUUAUUCUUGACAUGAUGCGGUCUCUCAUUUAUCUUCAAAUCAAAGUUGCUCUAUGUUAGAGCACUGUAGGUUUACAUUAGUCACUUCCAUGGUUGCAGAUGGAUAUGUAAGAGCAAUUUUUAA